AUGUUGAAAAUAUUUUUUACAAAUACUUUUAUUUCCAAAUCAUUUUCCAUUAUUUUAUUAUUUUUACAAACUUUAAUUCCUUCAUAUUUUUGUCAAGAAAUUGAACAACUGGAAAAAAUUGUUACUAAUAAAAAUAAACCAAUUUUUUAUAACUGUUAUGAAGAUGAAGCCACUGAAACUGGCAUUGAAAUACCAAACUUUCUUGAUUGCAAUGAGAUGCAGAUUAAAUGGCAUAUGGAAAUAAAAAAUGUCAUUUAUAACAAAAUUGGUACAAACAAAUGUCGUAGCAUUUUAAAAGUUCUUUUCGUUAGUGAAAAUUAUGUCAUAUUUAAUGACAAAUUGGAAGGUUAUCAAUUAUUAUUCCAAUAUAACAACAAAAUAUUAAAAAAACCUGAUUGUUUAUUCAAGAAAUAUUUGUAUAAGAAAUAUGAUGGUAAUUAUUUUAUUGUAGUUAUCACAUCAGAAAGAAUAAAUAAUUAUUAUUAUACAAAUGAAGAUAAUAACAAAGAAUAUUUUGUUGAUACUAUUUGGGAUAUGUUUGAUUACAAAAAUAUAUCUGAAUAUUUUUUAAGAUUAGGAAUUGAAGCAUACUACUUACAUUCAAAAGAAAACUUUUAUGAUUUUGAAUCAACAACUUACUACAAUAAAAUGCUAGAAAAUUUUGAACUAUUAACAGGAAAAAAGUUAAUAGUUGAUAUAGAUGAAGAAUAUGAAAAAUAUUUAAUAUUGUUCCACAAAAACUUUAUGAAUUUUGAAUACAUAAACAAAACAACGUAUGAAAAUUAUUUAAUUAAAAUAUAUAGAAACAUUGUUGAUAAUUUAAUUAAUAAUUUUGCAAAUGAGAAAUUUAAAUUUUUAUGUGAAGAAAGAAAUUUAAAAUUAAGUAACAUAGCAAAAUCAUUAGAAAGAAAAUAUGACUUUUAUAUGCAUGUAAUUGAGGAUAAAUUAAAUUUUGAAGAAGAAAGAGUACAAUUAUAUUUAACAGAAAAGAUGUGA